AUGCUGGAGGCAUGGCAAAAGGGGGAGCCGCCGUACAAUAUUUUUAUCUCUCAGCAAGGUUUCCUGUUUGCAAUCCUCACGCUUACGGGGGACGUCGGCCAGGGGGACAUCGGCCAGGGGGACAUGGGCCGCCAGCGGCUCAUCCCACCAGUAAUGGCCGAGGGCAGCCGGGAUGGGGUCCUGGCUGAGGGGGAGCCAGGGGACACCCCUGACAGUACCCAGGAUACAGCCAGUCCUGCGGGGAUUGCAGGGAGCGAGGGGCUGGCGGCUGCCCUCAGCCCAGGCAACGUGGAGGACCUGUACGAGCUGCUGGAGAAGCUGGGCAGCGGGCACUUUGGUGUGGUGAAGCGAUGCCAGGAGCGCAGCACCGGCACCUUCUAUGCCGCAAAAUUUGUGAAGACGCGGCGAUGCCGGGGCAGUCGCCUGGGGCUGGAGCGGGCGCAGGUGGAGCGGGAGGUCACCAUCCUCCGUCAGCUCGACCACCCCAACAUCAUGCGGCUUCACGACCUCUUCGUCAGCAAAGCCGAGAUGGUGCUCAUCCUGGAGCUGAUCAGCGGCGGGGAGCUCUUUGACUUCAUUGCGGAGAAGGAGAUGCUGUCAGAGGAGGAGGCCAUCGAGUUCCUGGUACAGAUCCUGCGUGGGGUGGAGUACCUGCACGCCCACCACAUCGCCCACUUUGACCUCAAGCCCGAGAACAUCAUGCUGCAGGAGAAGCAUGUCCCCAAGCCCUGGAUCAAGAUCAUUGAUUUUGGGCUGGCCCAGCACCUGGAGGAUGGCGUCACCUUCAAGAGCCUCUGCGGGACCCCACAGUACAUCGCUCCCGAAGUGAUCAACUAUGAGCCGCUGAGCUCUGCAACCGACAUGUGGAGCAUUGGGGUCAUCACCUACAUCCUGCUCAGCGGCUUGUCCCCCUUCCAGGGUGAGACGGACGCCGAGACCCUCUCCAACGUUGUAGCUGGCACCUAUGAGUUCGAGGAGCGCUGCUUCAGCCAGACCUCCGAGAUGGCCAAGGACUUCAUCCGGCAGCUGCUGGUGAAGGAGCCAGGGCACCGCAUGACGGCGGCUGAGUGCCUGGUCCAUCCCUGGAUCAAGCCCCUGAGCCGGAAGCAGGUGGCAAACCGGAGCCGUUCUUCCAUCAACAUGAAAAACUUCCGCAAGUUCAAUGCUCGGAGGAAGUGGAAGCUCUCCUACAACAUGGUGUCCGCCUGUAACCGGCUCUGCCGCACGCGGCUGCUCUGUGGCCUGAGGAAGGAGGACGAGGAGCUGCGCCACUGCGAGAGUGACCAGGAGGAGGAGGGCAGCCACCCUGUCACACUGCUGCGCCAGCGGAGAAGCAGCUGCUCCUGA